AUGACCGAUUUUUUAGUCCAGCUGGAAGAGGGAGAGUUAGGUAUCUGGUUAAUGGAUGGUUACAUGCCAAAAAUCUUUUGGGAUACUCUUGAAGACUCCAAGGUGGUUUCGUCCGAUGAAAGGCUUGGUGACCCAAGUGUUACAGUGGCCCAAUUUCACCCUAUACAUAGCCGCCGUCAGGAAGUAAAUACCUUGAAGAAGUGGAUUGCUGAAGAGAAUGAAGACCCACAAGGUCCAAUCUCCGCAGUCAAAAACCUUGAUGAAGCGUCAGUCGUGGAAUUGGAUUUCGAACUUGCCUCUCUGGAGCUGCGAUUCCGGGAUAUCGUUGUUAGCAGAUUAAAAGGAACGUCCGGAUGGAAGCGAGAAAUGAAAUCACUUCCACUAUUUCAAUUGAGAAACAUGCGCGCUAGUCAGCUUUCGGCUCCGUUUACGAUUGGAGAUGCAUCCGAGAGUGAGGGAACUCCCCAAGUGUGGGUUGCCAUGUACUCAGACGAGCAUGGGCAGGUGCGACAAGCAUCCAACACUGGGGCCGAGUUUUUCGAUCUCCAAGUUCAGACACGUUUCCUUGAUUUCGCUCUGGUCCAUCAGAAUGAAUCCAUGCAGCCAGUCCCAUUGAAUAUUGGCAACAAGGAUGAGGUGAACACGUUUUACUUUGAUGCUUUCGAUCGCUUACAGCAGUCAAAUUGCCGUGGGAUCGCCGUGGAGUUAAUCAAAGCCGUUGAACCGCGGAAACAGGCCAUGCACCCUUACAGAUCAGGCGAGGAAACAAAGCCUGGCUGGUGGCCUGCUGAUGUUCCACAUAAAGAACCAGCUCACCUUCGCAAAGAACGUAGGUUCAGCCCCCAUUUGAAAGCCUAUUCACUUACAGAUCUAGAUCGAAUGAAAUUGCUUCUUCACAUCAUGCAGGAUCUUCAUCUCCCCAACAUCAAUGCAGAAAUACUCCACGAAGCUGCCAAACGGGCUGUAAUUCAACCCCCGGAGAAAUCAAAAUUACUCGACCAAGUGUUUCGCGUUCGAAAAAAGGCAGAAGAGUUGAUGAUGUGUCAGAAUGAUCCGACUGUCUUCGAUGGAAGUGAAGCAAAGCCGAAACAUCUAAAGAGAGAAUACUCAGAGGAUCCCGCACUGCAGCCAAGUUCUUAUACAUCCGAGGACACGAACUAUAAGAGGCGACGGUGGCAAACAAGCCAAUUGGAUCAUGCCGAUUCGAUAACCAGCACACCCGGAGAAACAGUUGCCUUUCCCCAAGGAGCCUUUGAAUACGGGAACAAUGCAUCUUCCAGACUUGUGAAUCUCAACGAACAAGCUCCUCUCCACCAUUCAGUGCAAUCGCUAUCGUGUUCCCAAGAUAUUGUGCCCCAGCCAACCAGCUACCAUGCAUUCACACCAUUUUAUGGUUCUCAGUACCCCACUUACGGUGCAUCUCAAGCGCUGCUUCCCACAGGGCCAUCCGUGGACUUUUACCAGCGUGCGCAUGCACAGCCAUAA